AGGCCGGGCAGAACAGCAGCAUGGCGGGCGAGGAGGAGGGCGAGGAGCUGGCGCACGCCGAGGCGGUGGCGCUCUGGCAGGCCGGACUGGCGCGCCUCGUGCGGGACCCGCUGCUCUGCGACCUGCCGGCUCAGGUGACCCCGGAAGAGAUUGCCUCGCAGGUGGCGCUGGAGUACGGCCAGGCGAUUACGGUGCGCGUGCGCAGACCGGACGCCGCGGAGCCCAUGCCGGUGGUGGUGGUGCAGCAGGCGGCCGUGCUGGACCUGAAGAAGGCCCUGCAGCGCUUCCUCCAACUCCGCCAGGAGCGCCAGGGCGGCGUCCGUCACAUCAGCUGGAGGCGCGUGUGGCGGACAUACAGCCUGGCCUUCGGGGGCGAGAAGCUGGACGACGAUCGCAAGAAGCUUCGCGAGUAUGGCAUCCGGAACCGGGACGAGGUCAGCUUCGUGAAGAGGCUCCGCAAGUGAGGCGAGUCUGGCGCCUUCCCACCGAUCCAGACACGGGCUUAGUGGGAUCUCCGCCCUGAUGUGUGUGGAUUGCUCAGCCCCCCCCCCCCCCCCGAACUUGGCUGGUUUCAGCAGUUACAUAGAGGGCCUGGCUUGGCAGGGGGCUUGCAUCCUUCCAGGAGGCUCCAGUUGAUGGGGGUUGGGGUCGGCCAACUCAGCCCGUAGGUUUCCACUGUGAGACAUCUUUUUAAGGGAAAGUGCAGGGCAUCUGUUCCCAUGCGGGUGUCAAUAAAUGCUGGAGAUGAGAUUGAAGUAUCCAACCAUGCCUUUCAGUGGCCAUUUUGAAGGGGUGUGUGGUGUUUCUGUCUCUGGCAUCUUCUCUCUUUGAUGGUAUGGGGGGGAGGGGUUUGAGCCUGGCAGUGUUUUCUGUCUCUAAUCACAGAGAGCCCCCCAUCCAAGGAGUGUGUUGCAUUCCCAUUGGAACGAAGGGGCCUUCUCUGACAUCUGUGUGAAGCCUGCUGCGAGGGAGGGUUGUUUGAGCCAGAGUUGCUGCCACGGGGCCCCGUGAGCACAAAGGCCCAUCCUCAGCCACUCCUUGGAGCAGACCUGCUUUUGACAGCUCCUCUUAUCUGCAAGCAACGCAAGGAGCAACAGGGCUGCCACAGAGGCGCAGAAGUGGCUGGAAGGCAGCUCCUGAGAAGCAGACACUGCUGUACCCAGCUGAGCGCCCCACGCCACUGGAGAUGCACAGGGACAUUUCCAUUUCCCCAAUAAAACACAAGUGCAAUACAA